AUGACGACAGCCCAUAGACCGACCUUUGACCCAGCUCGAGGCAAAGAAGCCCAGAGAGGCCCGGCAUACCACCAGCGACUUCUCCCUGCUCAUACACAUCUCAAAGUCAGACAACCAGGGCAAGGAGGAGCAGCAGAUGCUCAGCCAGAGACACGGGACCUACGCGCCGAGCUGUUGAAAGCCGAAGCUGCGCAUUUUGCCAAGCUCAAGGGAGGACCUGUGCCAUCUAACACUGAUGCGGAGCCGUCCGUUCCCAAACGACAAUUGGAGUCCGCUCCAGGGCAGGAGGAGGAUGCGGACGAAGAUCCCGAAGCCAAGCGGCGAAGGAUACUGGAAGAGACGCGAGAUAUAGAUGCAGAUUCAGACGGCGGGGAUUCGGACAGCAGUGAAGAAGAUAGUGAUGACGAGGAAGAUGAAACCGCGGAGCUAAUGCGAGAACUGGAGAAAAUAAAACGAGAAAGAGCAGAGCAGCGAGAGAGAGAGGAACAAGAACAGGCGGCAAAAGAACAAGAGGAACGAGAAAUCGAAAUUGCUCGGGGAAAUCCGCUGCUCAACCCGCAAGAUUUCAAUAUCAAACGGCGAUGGGAUGAUGAUGUCAUCUUCAAGAAUCAAGCUCGAGGCACAGAAAACAAGGGUGACAAGGAGUUUGUUAAUGAUUUACUACGAUCUGAUUUCCACAAGCGAUUCAUGGUUUGUUUCCUUCCCUGCUCUCCUUUCUAA